GUCAUUCCUCUCUAAUCCACAAGCGCAAGACUCCAAAGGAAGGAAAAUGAAAAAGACAGGAACCUUUUGAGGGUGAAACUAAAAAAAGGCAAGAAAAUAUUUCAAAACCAUGGCCUCCAAAAAGUUCAACUCUUUCUCAUUUCUUCUUCUGACUAUAAUGGCAUCUGUUUUCGUCCAACGUGCCGUAGCAACUCGAAUCCAGGUCAGCCCUUUUUGCAGAACUGCACGGCGAAGCAGAGCCCUUUGCAAUACCGUGAUCAAUGGCGCUACCAACUGGCAUGACGCCAUAGGAAAUGCAAUUAAUGCAACACUAUCUGUGGCUAAGGAACUCCAAUCAAGGAAUGAGUUGAUUGCACCAGCAGUUGCUAAUCUGUCACCUGCAGCCAAAAAAUCCCUUCAAGGAACAUGCAAGGAGUCUUUCCAGACCGUCAUUGAUAUGCUAGAGGAGGGACAAGUUGCUCUUGCAGCUGGUGACAUUGCCACCUUGCAAACUAAAUUAAGCGCUGCCUUGGAUACCGAGUGUGAUGAUGAACUUUCUAACUUUGGUGCUACGUUCCCUCUAGCAAAUCUGUCUAAGCAACUUACAAAGAAAGUGUCCGUCUGCUUGGCUAUAACGGCUCAAAAUGUGGUUGCAUAAAAGUUGUAAUUGUGGAUCAUAUGUUAUUUUAUGUAAGCGUGAGAAUCUGGAUUUGUUAGUGUAUAUGCAUGCACAACAGAUUUUGCACUUGAAUAAAAAGUGUAGAAAUGAGUUUUAAAGCUUCAUCAUUUGUCUAAA